AUGCCUGUAUUUCGGCUGAAGACGGUGUUUCCGUUGCUCGCUCUGUUGACCAUUGGAAUCUUCUUCUUUUGCAUGGAACGCUAUGACAGAUCAGCCUUCCUACGGUUCAAGCACCCGGUGGAUCGGGCUCCCUUGAGCGGGACCAAGCCGCCCCCUCAAGUACAAACGCCGGCAGAACCUGGCAACCCCCAACCGACCCCCGGCACCUGUGAGGUCGAUCCGAAACUCGCUGCUCCCCUCCCUUUCCCCGAAUGGCUCCCUCGCAAAAACUACACUCGCGCCUACUUCCGUCCUCGCCAUGUGAAUCCUCGCACUGAAUUCCACACUCUGGAGGAGAUUGAGAAGCCCGUGCUCCCGCCCAUGGUUGUCAUGGAGCGCGGUAUGGUCGUUUCUCCCGAAAACAAGCCCGAGAGCUUCGUUUGCCCCGAGAUCAUUGAUGUUGAUGUCGCGGCUGAUGAUAAUGUCGAGGAGACUUCGAAACUCCUCUUCGGUCUGGCUACUACUGUUGAUCGUCUGGACCGUCUGCUGCCCUCUCUGCUUUACUCCUAUGGAAACACUAAGGCCGGUCUGCUUGUUCUGGUUCCCGAGUCGGAUGACGACCUGGAGAAGCAAGAGACCUACUUCCGCAACCGCGGUCUGGACCUGACUCUCAAGGCCUCUCCUCUCGAAUUCACUGCCCGUUACUUCGGUAUGGUCGAGGCAUUCACAGAGCACAUUCGCAAGCACCGUCCUCACACCACCUGGGUUGGAUUCAGUGACGACGAUACCUUCUUCCUCUCCCUUCCCACUAUCGCUGAGGAGCUGAAGCUCUUCGACGAGACCAAGAAGCACUACAUUGGAUCGUUGUCCGAGGCCAGCUGGCAAGUGGAUACUUUCGGUCACAUUGCCUUUGGUGGUGCCGGUGUCUUUGUCUCAAAGCCGCUCUUGGAUGUCUUGAUGAAGAACUACGAUGAGUGCCAGUCCUGGGGUGAGCAGCCCGGUGACCAGAAGCUUGGACAGUGCAUUCAGCGCUUCGGUGACACUCCCCUUACCUUGUGGCCCUCUCUGUACCAGAUGGACAUGGCAGAUCCCGUGGACGGUGUCUACGAGUCCGGUCGCAAGAUCGAAUCCAUGCACCACUGGAACAGUUGGUACACCAAGGACGUCGUCAAAAUGACCACCGUGUCUGCUGCCGCGGGUCGCAAGUCUGUCCUUCGCCGCUGGGUCUUUGAUCAGGAGGAGACUGUGAACAGCGCUACCGGCGAGACUCUCCGUCACUUCUGGGUCAUGACCAACGGCUACUCGCUAGUGAAGUACACGUACGGACCGAAUGUGCCGGAUGAUGCCAUCAACUUCGAUGCCACUGAAAAGACCUGGCCCGAGGACCCUCGCGGUUAUGAAGACCGCCUCGGCCCCCUGCGUCCCGCCGAGGAGGAAGGCGUUGCCAAGGAUCGGUGGUUGCUCCGUGAUGCAUUCGUCGUUGGUGACAACGUGCAUCAAUUUUAUGUUCGCGAGGAAGAUGAGGGCCACAGCGUAAUUGAGAUCGUCUGGCUCGGUCCCAAGGGCGGCGGUGGCGGUGGUGUGACUGACCACUACCUUCGCGGCACCUACCAGCAGUAA